UUCAAUCACACGAGAGAAAAAGUAAUAUCCUUUGCCUAAGAUCAAUAGUCGGUCAUAUCUAUUUCGCGUGAAAACAGUACAGGCAAUCAAUACAUCGGCGGAACUGCUUCCCUGAGGAAACUAUAGAACUCUUUUACACAGAUUUACCACCAUUAUCAAUAGUCUGAUAGAAACCAAACGUAAAAACUGUAAAUCGGUAGGACUAAAAACUUAUUUAAAAUUGUACAAUUCACUCUGGAAAUUUUUACUUAUUCAAAUGGAUUUUGACGACAUUGGAAAGUAGAUUUCAGAAUUAGAUAGUAAGUAAUUAACAUGGGAAAUACGAAGAUCAAUGGGUUAAGAAAACGAUCAAGUAAUUGAAUUAUAGGAAAAUGAGAAAUAUUGAUUCACUACUCUUCCUUCAAUAAAUGUGAAAUAGUUAAAUGUGCUUUGUUUACACUUGCUCUUAAUUAGCAACACGUUAUAAAUGUCAACCGAUAUCCAUAUUGAACAGCACUUGGAAAUUGUUCAUCAAACGAUCAAUGUAAAGGCCGUGUCGGAGACUGAAAUAAACGUUGUUACCUAUAUUCAAGGUUAGAAAUUGGAGAUAAAAAAAAUCCCAACAAAUGUUUCUUUUUGGAAUAUAGUGGCUCAUAAUAUAAUCAUGAGUAUCCCAAGGAAAACUUCUAUUGACAGACGUGGAGUAAAAUCUUUAUUUAUAAAAACUGUGCCGAAAAUAAUUCUUGAUGGUUCCGAAACUGAUGGAAUUGGCUCUCAAAUGCCGCAUUCCCGAUCAGCAGGUGAACUAGCUAUGUGCCUUGAUUUUCCACCAGAAAGUAGUUUAUCCCGACAAUACCAAUCAAGCAGUGGUCUCAGUAUGGAAUCAAGAAAUCAAAUUGAUAUAUAUUGCUCACCACGAAUGCACCGAAAAACUUUCAAUAUUAACAAUGGUUACCAAGACGAGGACUUUUCUUGGUUGGAUACUACCGAUCCAUCAAAUUCACAAAAUGCUCUUGGUGUAGGGAGCAGGUUAGGCAGUGCCCUUUCAUUAACAAGUGAGUAUACUUCUAGAAGUAUUGGACUGAUUUCAAACGAUUCAUCGUCUGACAGUACACAAUUCACUGACAAAAUUGAACAAAUAAAACAAAAACAAAGUCUUUUACGCCGCUAUUUAUCAAAUCCCGAAAAACCUGCAGAAGACAGGGAAAAUACGGUUCAAAGAAGCACACAAUCAGUCAACAAUCUUCACAACAAAACAGAACAUUUUGAGGAAUCUAUAAGUGACGAUAGCAUGGCCGACCCUGUUCCAACUUCCGGUUCGGACAGUAUACCAAAUGAAGCGAGUGAAUUAAGGCGCCAGAGAUACGAAAAUGCUUCAGAUAGUAAUUCUCAUCUGGUAACUAUGAUAACUGAUGAUAUACACGUAAAAGAAGGUAGGAUAAGACAAUGGUUAACUUCAAUAGGAAACCAAGAGUAGAACAAAAAUGGUCGACAAGGCAAUCAUGUGAUCCUUCCGGUGGCUUCGGCUUUCCAUGGUAUAGCAAUCAAUGAUAUUUGAAUUGUUUGAGAUACUGUAAUAAUUAAACGUUGAUUUGUAAAGCUUUUCUUCUUUAAUUUACUAAAUAAUCUAUUGCAUCACAUCGUUUUAUCUAAACUCUCAGUGUAGACUACCUUUAUCGAUCAGGCCUGGUACUUCAGUUUUGUUUAAAUUUUCAAAAUCAAUACACAAAGUCGAUAUAGGUAUUCAUUGAGAAAAUUCUUUUAAACAUAACGAUAGAAAUACACUUAUUGGUUCAAACCUGGAACAUGAGUCAUAGCAGUAUUUUUCAUCAUCAAGAACAACUUUAGAUAUUUUAAAUACAAACAAGGAAACACUAUAUCUUCAUCAUCGAUAUCCUUAAAAGACCAACAACUUAUUGUAUAUCGAUGUAAGCAACAUCUGUUCCUAAUCAUAUGGUCUUAUCUCAUCAUUAUUAGCAAAUCAAAUAUUUGUUCAACUGAAUUUUAAAUAUUCGACAAUCGGUAAAUUUGGAAAUAAAUUUGAUUAAUGUC